CACUCGUCCGCAAUAACUCCUUCCUCCCUUCUCCACAUUCUCUUCCACUUCCACCUCCGUCCGUUCCCCUUCUCCUCCUCCUCUCCUCCCCUUCCAUGCCCUCUUAGCUUCUGAAGGUCUCCGCCACCUCCUGCUAGCUACCCUUCUGAGCUUUCAAGCUUUGCUGAACGCACGCGGGCGGACGCGGUAAAGCAUCACAUCUUCUUUGAGAGCUGCAGGGAAGAGAUCGAUAAGAGUUCUAUUUUUUGCAAAGGCACACAGACAUAUAUAGUUCUUCUGCUAGAUCUCACCGCCAGUCAGCUCGCAGCGAAGGUUCCCUGGGCUACCUUGUCGCUGGAUCUGUUGCUGGUCGUGUUGUUACUUGUCAGGCAAGGUAUAAUAUAUCUCCGUACAGCUAGGAAUAGGAUUGGGUAGUAGGGGGGUACGCAUGUGCCAGUGAAGAAAUGGGAAGGAGCUAGUGUGGAGGCAGCAAGAAUUAGGGUUGGAGAGGUUCCGCGAGAGGAGAAAUGAUGAUCCCGGCGAGGCACAUGCCGCCGACGAUGAUCGUCCGGAACGGCGGCGCGGCGUACGGGUCCUCGUCGGCACUGUCGCUCGGCCAGCCGAACUUGAUGGACAACCAGCAGCUCCAGUUCCAGCAAGCGUUGCAGCAGCAGCACCUGCUGCUGGACCAGAUCCCGGCGACGACGGCGGAGAGCUGCGACAACACGGGGCGCGGCGGUGGUGGCCGGGGGUCCGACCCACUGGCCGACGAGUUCGAGAGCAAGUCCGGCAGCGAGAACGUGGACGGCGUCUCCGUGGACGACCAGGACGACCCCAACCAGCGGCCCAGCAAGAAGAAGCGCUACCACCGCCACACCCUGCAUCAGAUCCAGGAGAUGGAAGCUUUCUUCAAGGAAUGCCCGCACCCGGACGACAAGCAGCGCAAGGAGCUGAGUCGGGAGCUGGGUCUGGUACCCCUCCAGGUCAAGUUCUGGUUCCAGAACAAGCGCACGCAAAUGAAGAACCAGCACGAGCGGCAGGAGAACUCGCAGCUGAGGGCGGAGAACGAGAAGCUGCGCGCGGAGAACAUGCGGUACAAGGAGGCCCUCAGCAGCGCGUCCUGCCCCAACUGCGGCGGGCCGGCCGCGCUCGGCGAGAUGUCCUUCGACGAGCACCACCUCCGCGUCGAGAACGCGCGGCUCCGGGAGGAGAUCGACAGGAUCUCCGCCAUCGCCGCCAAGUACGUGGGCAAGCCCAUGGUGUCCUUCCCCGUGCUGUCCAGCCCGCUCGCUGGGGCGCGUCCGUCGCCGCUGGACAUCGACAGCGGUGGCGUACUGGGGGGUGCUGCCACUUAUGGCGGCGCCGCUGACAUCUUCGGCGGCGGCGGCGGCGUCGCUGCUUGUGGUGCGGCCAGGGAUUGUGACAAGCCUAUGAUUGUGGAGCUGGCUGUGACGGCCAUGGAGGAGCUGGUUCGGAUGGCGCAGCUGGACGAGCCGCUGUGGAACGCGCCGGCAGGCGGGCACGACGGGUCUGCUGAGACGCUGAACGAGGAGGAGUACGCGCGCAUGUUCGUCCCUGCUGGAGGGCUCGGGCUAAAAAAGCAGUACGGGUUCAAGUCGGAGGCGUCGCGCGACAGCUCCGUCGUCAUCAUGACCCAUGCCAGCCUCGUCGAGAUCCUCAUGGACGUGAAUCAGUAUGCGACGGUGUUCUCGAGCAUCGUGUCGAGAGCUGCGACGCUGGAGGUGCUGUCCACCGGCGUGGCUGGGAACUACAAUGGCGCAUUGCAAGUGAUGUCGGUUGAGUUUCAGGUGCCUUCCCCACUGGUGCCGACUAGGGAUAGCUAUUUCGUGAGGUACUGCAAGCAGAACGCGGAUGGAACAUGGGCCGUCGUCGACGUCUCGCUGGACACCAGCUCAGUCCUCAAGUGCCGGCGCCGGCCGUCGGGAUGCCUGAUCCAGGAAAUGCCCAAUGGCUACUCAAAGGUGACCUGGGUGGAACACGUCGAGGUGGAUGACAGGUCGGUAAACGGCAUCUACAAACUGCUGGUGGACUCAGGGCUCGCCUUCGGUGCACGCCGAUGGGUCGGAACGCUGGACCGCCAGUGCGAGCGCCUUGCCAGUGUCAUGGCCAGCAACAUUCCGACCAGUGACAUCGGCGUGAUCACUAGCACGGAGGGGAGGAAGAGCAUGCUGAAGCUGGCUGAGAGGAUGGUGACGAGCUUCUGCGGUGGCGUGACGGCCUCAGCCGCGCACCAGUGGACGACGCUGUCCGGCAGUGGUGCUGACGACGUCCGUGUCAUGACCAGGAAGAGCGUCGACGACCCUGGCAGGCCGCCGGGCAUAGUCCUCAAUGCUGCCACCUCUUUCUGGCUCCCUAUCACACCCAAGCGUGUCUUCGACUUCCUCCGUGACGAAAGCUCUCGCAGCGAGGCACGCACCCGCGCGCCCACCCAUACCCAGUUUUUUUUUAAUCGAGAACACGUUCUACCUAGCUAUGAACCGCCUUUUCUUUUUUUCUUUUUUCUUUUUUUGCAGUGGGACAUCCUCUCCAAUGGCGGCGUCGUUCAAGAAAUGGCUCACAUUGCCAAUGGCCGCGACCAUGGCAACUGCGUCUCGCUUCUUCGUGUCAAUCAGAGCACCAACUCGACCCAAAGCAACAUGCUGAUCCUGCAAGAGAGCUGCACGGACGCCUCGGGCUCGUACGUCAUCUAUGCGCCGGUGGACGUGGUGGCCAUGAACGUGGUCCUCAACGGCGGCGACCCCGACUACGUGGCGCUCCUGCCCUCUGGCUUCGCCAUCCUGCCCGACGGCCCGUCAGGCAGCAGCAACAUGCAAGGCGGUGGCGGUGGCGGCGUCGGCUCAGGCGGGUCGCUCCUGACGGUGGCGUUCCAGAUCUUGGUCGACUCCGUCCCCACCGCCAAGCUCUCGCUGGGGUCGGUGGCGACCGUGAACAGCCUCAUCGCCCGCACCGUGGAGCGCAUCAAGGCGGCGGUCUCCGGCGAGAGUGUUACCCAGCAGUAGCUAGCUUAGUCGAAUCAGACACUCUUCUUAUCCUUGCAUCAUUGAAGGAGCAGCAAGUUUUAGAGCUUUCAUCAGUGGGAAGUCAAGAACGCACCUCAGACUCUCCUUGCCAUGUGGUGCUCAUAGUUCGAGUUCUUUUUUCGCCUAGUUUCCCCAAAAUUUCUGGGUAGAAAUAUUUCAGUCGCGCAACAAGAAAAUGAGUCACCACUACGCAAGGGUUGUUGGUUCGGGUAUUGACUUCCUCUACAUGUCGGCCUCUCGGAUGCUGCUACCUCUGAAUUUAGGCUUCUUUUUCUUCUCUUGUGGGAUACAAAAACCGUAAUUUAGCAUGUAAUUUGUGCUGUUGCUGCAGUUGUUCAGAUUUAUCCAGCAUAUAUCCUGGAUUCCCCAAAUUGAGAUUUAUUUGUGUCCCUUAGUUUUGUGUCUAGCCACCAUCUCAGACGUGCCUGUGUGUCUCAGUUAUUGCCUUGUGCUUGCAUACUUGCGUUAUUGCUGAGUGUCUUCACUGCUAUUUUGCA